AUGGCGGCGCUCAUGCGGGGUGUGCUGCGGAGCGCUGGUCUAACGCAAGUAACGUUUACCGGGAGCAUUCAGGCGAAGCGGCACGUCAGGACGUUGCGGAGAACCCCCGUGAGAGCGAUCCAGGCUGGGACUAGCCCCGGGGAAAACGAGCCUGUCCUACGGGUCCCUAAAGUUUCAGGAGAGCCGGCAGCAUCCCGAGUAGGUCGCACACCCGCUGUACAUACCCCGGUCAGAGACCCGAUAAGACACAACACCGACCCUGCGGGACAAGCAGUGGAAGCUCCGGAGCUGCACUUUGAAAAAGCUCAUGCAGACGAUAAACGUCUUAGCAAAGUAGUCUCGCUUGCAAAGUCCAAGAAGUUCCGGGAUCGUCACGGCCAGGUGCUGCUGGAAGGCAGGCGGUUGCUGUGGGACGCUUUAGAGGCUGGCUCCGUUCUCAAGACGCUUUUCUUCAGCAGAGUCGAUCAUUUAAAGGAGCUGCCGGCUGAUAAGUUGAAGAAUGCCAAGCUUAUCAAAGUGAAGUUUGAAGAUAUCAAGAUGUGGUCUGAUGUCGUUAGUCCACAAGGACUAAUAGGUAUUGUUGUAAGACCCGAUCAUGCAAAAAUGAACUAUCCAGUUGCACAGCUAAAGCACUCAUUGCCUCUAUCCCUUAUCUGCGACAACAUCCGUGACCCUGGAAACCUGGGGACCAUCCUAAGGUGUGCGGCCGGGGUCGGCUGCAACAAAGUAUUGCUCACAAAAGGUUGUGUUGAUGCUUGGGAACCGAAAGUACUGAGAUCUGGUAUGGGUGCCCACUUCCGCUUGCCAGUAAUCACCAGUUUGGAAUGGGAUGUUGUGCCUAACUACCUUACCGAGGACACCAAGGUGUUUUUGGCAGAUAACAUCAGUCCGGAGCGCUACAAUCAACCGGAAGGUAAAUUGGAGAGCGAAAGUGGCUAUGGUUGGGUUUCCAGUAAUCCCAGGAGGAUAUAUAACCUUCAGGAAGACUAUGACUGUACUAGUAGUGAUGAGGACAGUGAUGGUGAAGAACAUUAUAUCCCAGAAAUUCAAACACAAAGGUAUGAUGAGCGUUGGGCCCAGAAGCCUAGUGCCCUAGUGAUUGGAGGAGAGACACAUGGCCUGAGCUUGGAGUCCCUGCUACUGGCUGAAAAAUUCAGUGGCAGACGGCUCUUCAUUCCCGUUGUUCCAGGUGUAGAUAGCUUAAAUUCAGCAAUGGCGGCAAGCAUCCUCUUAUUUGAAGGAAAAAGACAAUUGCAAUUGAAUCGUAAAGUGUAGGUGCUACUUUUCUCCCACUUUUUUUUUCUUCUGAAAAUAACUAUUGUUGCAUUGAGAAACAACUAUGAAGAAGGUUUUUCUUGGAAAUGUAAUCAGGUGUCAGAGCCCCAAUAUACAAUUGUGGUUUUCUUUUAGCGCCCCCUUGGACCAAAGAGCCCCUUUGGAAUCAACACACAUGAGGUUAUUUAUAAUAGUUUUUAUUUUGGUUUAUUAAAAUGACUUCUCUUACAUUA